AUGGAGGUGCGAACUGGACCGGCAACUGAGGGUCCCGGGGAUUCAUCUCUUCCUUGGAUUUUGCCUCCCGGCACCCCUCAGGCACCCCGUGGUCCUUCACGUCUGCCACCGCGAGGCCAACUGUUCAGUGCUUUAGGAUGGAGCCUCCAAAGCCGUGGUUCCUUUGAGCCUUGUGAAGUCUUUUGUUUUGGUGAGUGCUGGAGGGGCGCACCUUCGGCCUCUCAGGGUGCGGCGCUUCCGGCACCCCCUAUCCUUCUACCGCUGAGCCCCGGCGUGAGCGCCACGUGCAUCCGCGCCGCGUCCCGGGCAGCAGCCCGCCGCCAGCCGCCCGCGCCACUUCCUGACGCGCCCCGGGACCCACGGCCCCGCCCCGCGGCCGGGCUGGGCUGGCGGCGAGCGCGGCUGAGGUACAGGUGCCUCGCGGCGCAGCCGGGUCGCCCUCCAGCCCGUCCACCUCCAGACCAGGGCCCGCGCCCCGUCCCGCCUCGCACGUCGCCUCCCUCUGGCCCAGCCAAAUGCAGGCCGCCGCCCUCCCUGAGGAGAUCCGUUGGCUCCUGGAAGAUGCUGAAGAGUUCCUGGCAGAAGGCUUGCGAAAUGAGAACCUCAGCGCUGUUGCAAGGGAUCAUAGAGACCAUAUUCUACGGGGCUUUCAGCAAAUCAAAGCCAGGUACUACUGGGAUUUUCAACCCCAAGGUGAGUCCUCUUUGACCACGUAUGAUUUUAUGCUAAAAAUGUGUAAAUGGGAUUGUUUACUUCUGUCUCUUCUCUACAAACUUCUCCACAGAGUGGCAUUAGCCAUUUCCAAGGAAAGUUAGUGGAGUGUUUAAUUAACCUUCACCCUGCUGUGCCCCCCUGCCCUGCUUUUUAGCAACAAGAGGCUCUGUGCUUCUACCUUCUGCGUGGAUUUUUGCUAUAUUAUUUUAUAAAAUCAAAGCUAUAAUAUGCUUUUAUUCCUUGAGCUUUGUUAGGUGCAAACAGGAUCCAGUGGCAUUCAAAUAAAAUGGUAGCCGAGUCCAUAAUAAAAACCUUGGGAGGGUUCCAACUCAGCUAAUCCUUCAUUUGCUCCAGAAAUAAAUUCCAGUAUGUUACCUCCUCGAUCACAGUGCCCUUCCACACAGCCUGCCUGUCUGGCAGCAGAGAAAUGUCAGAAAUGGAGCAGUGUUGAAAUUCCCACUAGAACAGUGUUAUCACAUUUUAAUAUGAGCCUCGCUGCAGCCUCAGUGCUUCUAAUUGCUUUCAAACCAUUGUUUUCCUGCUUUUGCUUGAUGAACCCAGCAUCUGGCAUGAUUCUGAAAAGUACUACAGACAGCUGUGUGCAAAAUUAAAAAAAAAAAAUCCAGGAUUAAAACACAUUUUUAAAAGGUUCAGAAUUGAAUUUUUUUUUUUUUAAUUCAAACUGUUU